UGAAGAGUACGAAACUUUCACUUGUUUCAUAGAACUGGUCCUCACAAAGUGCUGACAUUAGCAUCUAGCAGGAAGGUAGAUGAAACAGGUCAGAAACGUAUCAUAAAUGUUUCUAAUAUCAGAAAUUUUGGGAUGCUUCUCUGAAAACAACUUCUGUCAGAAGAAUGGCAUCGUCUUCCCUACAAAUCUGUGCACUGCUCCUGGCUUUCGCAGGAUUCACCACUUUACUUUUUACUACCAUGUCUACCAGAUGGAAAAUUUCGGACACCGCAACAGUGCUAGUUACUGCAGACUGGAUUUCUGAAGGUCUUUGGAUGGACUGUGCAGUGACUGCUCUUGGAUCAAUACAUUGCAAGAAAUUUCUCUACAUGUUGAGUUCAGACACUCAUAUUCAGGCAUGCCGUGCCUUGAUGAUUGCUUCCAUCCUUUUGGGAUUCAUAGCUACAGUACUCUCGCUGCUUGGUUUGAAGUGCACAAACAUUGGGUUGAGCGAUGAAGAUGCAAAAAUGAAGUUUGCUGUCACAGGAGGAUUCCUCUUUAUUUUAGGAGGUCUCUGCUCCAUGGUGGCUGUUUCUUGGUAUGCUGCGAUGGUUACUGCUCAAUUUUUUGACCCAUUAUAUGCUGGAACCAAGUAUGAACUAGGAGAUGCUCUGUACUUAGGCUGGGCUGGAUCUGCUCUUUAUAUGCUUGGUGGGAUCUUACUGACCUGUUCAUGCAAAGGGAAGAAAAGCCAGGAUUACAGUUGCAACAAACACGCAUAUUCAGCAGGACAGGCAGCUCAUCCGCAGCGCAUUUACACCAAAAACUCUGAGACAAUCAUAAGCAACAAGGAAUACGUCUAAACUCACCUUUUACAUCACUUGUAACGUUAGUAGGUUAUGAACUCAAAUAAAGAAGUGAACCUCUUUCAGGGUUCCAGUUCCAUGUUACAAUCUUUCAUCUUAAUUUGGAGCAGGACAAGGAGGAGGAAUGGUUUUCUUCAAUGUAAAUAGGAAUGGUUUUCUGGAAGUGGUUUUCAAGUGUAAAUAGGUUUCUACAAAAAAACGCUGUGAUGUGAAAUCCUGUGGCAUGAAGGUUUUUUGCAUGCUCUGAAGCCUGGUAAAAUUUAACCACAGAAGGGGUAUAUGCUGACAAUCAAGAGCAACUGUUUCUAUUUCAGCUGACUCAAACAUGCGGAACUGAUAUGCUGUAGCUGACUGCAAGCUAAUACGCCUCGCAGUUAGAAAUGUAUUGUGUUUUCAUUAAUGUUUAGCUUUCUACUUUUGUUUAGCAGCUUUAGCUUUUGAACUUUAUUCCACAGGCGGACUGAAACAGAUUUUCUUGAUGAGCGGUAUACUGGCCAUUAUUAAGAACAUAGUCUUAUGUGGGCUUGAAGUCUCAUGCUAUACUGAACUCCAUAUUAUGUGUGAUGGUCAAGAUUUAUAAAAGCUACAAAAAAUUCCCUAACAACCACUAAGCUCCAAAUUUGCAAAUGUGCAACAAAUUUCUCAUUGGUUGUAAUGCAGAUACCAAAGAGAAACGACACAGAAUGAACCAACCACAGCUGGGAGUGGAGAAAACAUCAGGUGCAAAAAUGCCUUGGGAUAAUUAAGUUGAUAGUCCCAAUUUUUAUUUUUAUUUCUAUGUUUUCAGCUUUUAAAAUAAUCCUAUUUUAACUUUGAGCAAUCUUUAACUUUGGGAACUUCUACUGCAUGUGAAUUGUCUAAUUCAUGUAAUUUCCCAGUGGCUUUAUUCUCUGUCAUUGUUCCAUCAUGAGAAUUUCUGUCUUAAACUACUGCUGGAGCAUAUGUUCGCCUUGUGUAAGCAGUUAGACGGAUGACAAUGAGCUCACUUGACUUUGUACUGAUGCUUUGAGCAAUGUGGAAUGGAAUUUCACACUGCAGGUUCACAGGUUUCAUAAAUUUCCCCUUUUAAAUUACAAAUGUAUUAAUACAGUUCAACAAAAUACCUUAGUGUUUCUCUCUACUUCUAAUGUCUUAUGAUAAACAUAACUGUGGUCUGUUUUAGAAGUUCUGUGCGGCUUCCUUGAUAUCCCAGUAGAUAAUUUCACAGGGCAACCUGCAAGCAGUAUUAGCAGAAACAAUUUAGCCAUAUUGCUUGCAUUGAGACACAGCUGACUUGUAAACUGACACAUUAAGGCAUGAAUUGGGCACUGAUAGACCUUGUUAGGCUUAGUAAGUAAAGCUAAAAGGAUUUAGGAAUACUUUUAGAGUGCCAGUGCCACCACCUUCCCUCCAAUAUCAGCUAUUGUUUUAAAAAUCAUUCCUUUGGUAUUUUGGAAAAUAAUUUCAAAAGCUGACAAGGCACUUAACUUGCAUGGUGGGACACGAAGUCCUUACCAUCACCUGUAUAUUCUGUCCUCUGGAUUUUUAGGUAAUUUUGUGAUGAUAUUUUGGUCUAGUUGAAUGUAAGGAAAAUGCAGAACUCAGGCAGACACUAAGCAGUUCCAGUGUUGGUUUCCCACCAAAGGUUGUGCCAGCUCAUAAACAUGAAGUAUGAGCCAGUAGGUGAGAUAGAAAUUCAGAACUUCCUUGGCCUGGCAUCAGGUCUUCUAGUGACGUCAGUGGGAAGUUUAAUUAAAAUCCAAGAGUAAAAUCCCUAUGUAGUAACUCGUUCAUUCGUUCAAUACAUUGUUAUCAUAUGCAGUGCCAUUCAGGGGAAAAUAAAUGCCAAAGAUGCCAUGCCUUUCUUUGGUUUGUUUACAGUCCUUCCAAUCACUUUCAGUUUCUGCUGAUGCUCCCUGCUUAUCUGCCCCUUUCCCAUGCACUUUCAGGGGUAAUGGUCUGAAAGAAUUUGAAUUUAAUGAACCAUCAACUCAGUUUUGGGAGUGAGGCAUUUUACGCAUAGGUGAUAUGUGAUGUUUUUUGGUUUGGGUUGGUUUCUUUUUAAUCUGUAGCAAGCCUCUUAACUAUGUUUAAAACAUCUUCACACAUUGCUAUUUCUCAGUCCUUUGCUCAGCACCUCACACUGCUUUGGUAUCUGCAAAUCUUCUUCAUAUCUUUGCAGCUGAGACCAAAAUCCUGCAUUGGGUUCUGCUGCUGGUCUGGCAGUCUUCACAGUCUAGGAAAAAAGAGACACAUUUUAGAAGCAAGGGCGGAUUUUUCGUUUGUUUCUUCUUAGACUUUUGAGAAGAUUUACUUUGGGUUUGAUUUGGCUACAGAAUAAUAAACAGAUAUUUUGGUGAGCUGACCUCACUCUAUGCUUGCCAAGACCUCUUGGCAUGUGAUCCCUGUUACAGAAUGGAGUCAUGGGCAAGACAUGAAAAGGAGCUGUUGAAUUUGCUGUACAUGUCCCUCACAAAGUGUGGUGACACCACGCAUGUUUAAGAGAGCGUGACAUUUGGUCACGUAUCUGCAUGCCUCUGUCUAGUACUGAGCAAACAGUUAUCUAAAUUAGAGGCUAGUGAUAUACCUACCAAAUGGGUGAAGACUAAAAGACUGUAGAGCAUGAGUCAUAUGUAUUGGACAGGCAUCCUAAUAAAGUUGAGAUGCUGUUACUCAUAGCUAGCUAGUCCCUAGCUGCUUAGCAAGCCUAACAGAUGAUGUUUCUUUGCUGUGUUGAGCUGUCACAUCGGUGAUAAAAGCAAAUCCUGCAAAAGAACUUCUGCACACACUUGCAUCCAUUUCACUCAUUUGCUUUACGUCUCUGUGUCUAACUUCACAUAGCAUGAAUAAGGAAACGAUAGGGAAAACACGUUCACAAAGCAACCACCUUUGCAUAUUGGCUACCAGUGCUUAAAACCUAUUUGUUCUUGUAAUUAUAUUUGUCCCAAAAACUUAUUUGUCCAAGUUGGGGGUGAAAAAACUUACAGUGGACUUUUUAUUCAAAUGUUGAAUAGCUGUAUAACUGCUAAUAAACAGAUGAGAGCACCAAAAUAA